AUGUCCAUCUUGCUCAAAUCCCUUACUCCUCUCUUUCUUUUCUUCUUCUUCUUCUUCACAUUUGGGAAUUCAAGGCUUCCAAGAAUCCCACUUGCAGUUUUCUUCAGUGGAGGUGAAUAUGAAUAUUUCAAGGCCGUUCUCAAUCCAGAUGAAGCAGUCAAACGUGAGCAAGAGUAUAGAGGUAGGUGGGAAUUGGUUUCAGACAAUUCAGGUGUAUCUGCCAUGCACAUGAUCAUAAUGCCUAACAGUAAUAAGGCCAUUAUGUUUGAUGCUGCUGGUUUUGGCCCAUCUGGGAUCUCACUGCCUGCCGGAGAUUGUCGUCGGGUUUUGGACAGCAGAAAGGAAGAUGAAGUUUAUGAAUUGGAUUGCUGGGCUCAUGCUGUGGAAUUUGACAUUGACACUGCAGCUAUUAGACCACUUAAGAUUUUAACAGAUACAUGGUGCUCAUCUGGGGGGUUAUCAGCUAAUGGUACACUUGUGCAAGCUGGUGGAUGGGAUGAAGGAGGAAGGUCUGUCAGAUACUUCAAUGGAUGCAGUACUUGCGAUUGGGAGGAGUACCCCGCGGCACUUUCCGGCUUAAGAUGGUUUUCUACGCAACAUAUUUUGCCAAAUGGAGAUUUCAUCGUGGUUGGAGGCCGUCACAUGUUCAAUUACGAGUAUAUCCCCAAAGCGGCGGGAACUUCCAAUGAAAAAAGUUACGUUUUACCAUUUCUCCAAGAGACAAGCGACUUGGUAGAGAACAAUCUCUACCCAUUUGUCGUUCUCUCUACGGAUGGCAACCUCCUCAUCUUUGCUAAUAGUCGAUCUAUUUUGCUUAAUCCAACCACUAAUAAGGUCGUACGAGAACUCCCCGUCCUUGAAGGCGGUUCUCGUAACUACCCCGCCUCCGGGAUGGCGGCAUUGCUCCCUAUAAAGCUCAAUGACCUGAAUUCAAAUGUACUCCGAGCUGAAAUUCUGGUCUGUGGUGGAGCGGAUCCUAGAGCGGGAAAAUUUGUUGAAAAUGGUAUAUACGUAACUGCACUGCAAGAUUGUGGAAGGAUUGAUAUAACAAACCCAAAAUCCACGUGGCAAAAGGAGAUGAUGCCGACGCCAAGGAUCAUGGGAGAUAUGGUGAUCCUUCCCACAGGUGAUGUCCUAAUGAUUAAUGGAGCCAAAAAAGGCACAGCCGGGUUGAACUUUGCGGAGGAUCCGAAUGUUAUUCCGGUAAUUUAUAAACCCGAUAACCCAAUGACCCGGCGGUUCAUGGAGCUAAGGGAAACCACAAUACCGAGAAUGCACGGUUCAACCUCUACAUUAUUGCCAGAUGGCACAAUUCUAGUGGCUGGGAGCAACCCAAACUUUUAUUACAAUUUCACGGGUGUGAAAUAUCCAACAGAGCUUCGGGUUGAGAAGUUUUACCCGACAUAUUUCGAUCCGGAACGGGUGUCGGACCGUGUGGUAAUAACAUCCAAUUAUGAAGGUAAAAUGGUAAAUUACGGACAUAAUUUUUUGAUCGAGUUCCAGGUGAAGAAAGUUAGUGUUGAUCUAUCAGAUUUGAAAGUAACAAUGUAUGCACCACCAUUCACAACACAUGGUUUUUCGAUGGGACAAAGACUUGUAGAAUUGGUCGUAGUAGAGUUGAAGAUUGUGGAAUUUGAGUUGUUCCGAGUUGAGGUUGCGGCGCCACCAACAGCCGAGAUUGCUCCGUUGGGUUUUUACUUGGUCUUUGUCGUGCAUGUUGGAGUUCCUAGUUCAGGGAUAUGGCUCCAAAUUGCAUAG